UUCAUUUUCAGGUGUGGCGUCAGAGGAGCUCUCUGGUAGUGAAAAAAAAGGUUCUUCUUGGGGGGUUCUUCCAUUAAUCCACAAGUUACUCAGUAUAAGGAAGUGAGGAUUCUUUCAUAUUUCACCUGACAGCUGCACAAUGGCAACAUUAGCAAAUAAAGGGGGCCCUAAAAAGGUUGGGUUUUUUGACUGGCUGAUUGAACAGAUCAACAGUGGAAGAUACAGGGGAUUGGACUGGACAGACGAGAACCGCACAACCUUUCGUAUCCCUUGGAAACAUAUUUCAAAGAAGACUCUUGUGGCAGAUGAUUAUGAGAUUUUCAGGGCAUGGGCUAUGUUUAGCAAAAAAUAUAAUGAAGAUAUAUCAACUCCUAGUAAAUGGAAAAUCAACUUCCGCUGUGCCAUGAACAGUACAAAGAGAUUUGAAGAACUGGUGUCAAAUGAACCUGACUUUCACAAGUACAGAAUCAUCCCCCCGAAACCCAAAACCGAAUCAACAGCUAACCUCCCUUCUGGUACAAAUAAUGGGAGUGACUAUGAAGCUGAAGCAUCACAUUUCAGUCCAUACGGUGAAGAAUGUUCAGCUUUGCACCAGCCUACACACCUACCACAGCUGGAGAUAGAUGCUGCUUUUCGAACUUUGACACUGGAAAGUGGAAUGCCAGGUGCUGUAGUGCCAAAUGAGAAUGCAGCAGGCAAUUUCUACCAGACCAGUGAUGAUGCACUCCAGUGGAUUAUUCAGCAGUCCCAAUUGAAUCUGACUGAAAUGCAGCAGGUCUCAUGGGCCCCAGCAGUAACUAUGGAUUCCAGUAACCCGAUAGGUGAGUCUAAACAUGGACUUUGAAAAAUGAAUCACAAAAUCAUGGAACUGGAAACUACCUUGGAGUUCACCUAU